UCCCUUUCCUAUUGCAAAUGUAAUCUGCGUUUCAGUCCCUUCCCAGGGAAACCAGAGAGGAGGGAAGUAAGAGGACAAGGUCGGCACAGCGCCACGCGGGGUCACAAGUUCCGAGCUGCCCAUUUACUGCGGGACUUCCCGGGCGCCAGGAAGACGGCCCGGGAAGAACCCGGCCCCUGGAAGUUCGCAGUAGCGGUGUUGACCCGGCGCAGUGCGGCAUCGUCUCGGCCCCGCCCCUGCGCACGCGCACCGGGAGCGCGCUGGCGUCGGUGCGCGUGUUGCGAACCGCGACUCCUCCGAGGCAGUCGCGCCGCCGGGGCGUUCCAGCCGGGUUUCCAUGGCGACUGGACGCGGCCGGCUAGUUCAGCAGCACUGCCGCGGCCUCCGGGCGCUGCGUUGGCCGCUCGGCGGCGGCGGCGCAGCCCCGGGGAGGGCCGGGUUCAGAAAGGAGCCAAGUGUCAAAGGUGCUGCAGGCAGAACUGCUCUGCAGCAAUAUGCCAGGUGGGAAAAGGACUGUGAGAAACCCCCCACUAACUGUUCCGUGUCCCUGGAUAGGAUGCCUCCGGAAAUCCUGCUGAAGAUCUUUUCCUACCUGGAUGCUGCGACCCUGCUUUGUGCUGGAUGUGUGAACAGGCGCUUCUAUCAUCUGGCCAAUGACAAUUUUAUUUGGAUCAGAAUCUACUCCACUGCCUUUUCGCCUAAAAGAUUUAAUUGGGAAGUUCAUUCAGUAGAGAAGACAGCUGUGUCUGUGAGCUUACUGUCAGUUGAGGAUAAAGAAGCUGGAUACUGGAAGAAAGAAUAUAUUACAAAACAAACAGUGUCUGUAAAAGCAGCACUAGCUGAGGUUCUCAGACCUGUCAACCCUUACACGGGCCUCCCAGCUAAAACCAAGGAGGCGCUCAGAAUAUCGGGUUUAGGUUGGGUAAUUAUACUGAAGGAGAAGAGUGGAAGAGAGCACGUCCUGAAGCACGUCGAUCUCUCCAUCAAUGACGCGUCAGCUACAGCCGUGUGGUAUGGCAAACACUGGCCACGACUGGCCGCUCUGUCAGGGCUAGAUCUGUGCGGGGUGAUGCCAGUUUUUAUGCACCGGCCUAAAACCCCCUCCAAAAAUGGACCUCGAUGGCAUUCAUUAAUGGCAGAGUACAAUCUGAGUGAUCUAACUGGAUCCACCAUGAUUGGCUGUGAUGGGCUCAUUCGGAUCUUCUGCCUCAACCCAGGCCUGCUGGUGGGGCUGUGGAAGAGGGAGGAAGAACUGGCUUUUGUUAUGGCAAAUCUUCAUUUCCAUCACCUUGUGGAGAGGAGCGCAUUAGGCUCGGCCACUGUUCCUUAUGAGCCGCCUCCUCAUAGCCCCCUUUUGGAUGACAACCCAGAAUAUGGACUGCAUGACUACCAACUCCAUGUUGAUAUGCACAGCAGUGGAAUUUCCUACCUGAGUGGCACAUUUCGCAGUCUCUGUACCAAGAAAGGGUACAUUGAAAAUGGAUAUGUGAAGCUUGUCGUCAUAAGUUUUAAAAAUAACACAGAACACAUACCCCUUAUUGGAAAACUUGGCCUUUUUUGGAGAACUGAUGUUUUUGAUGGCUAUAUAAAGAGUUGUUCCAUCCUGGACGUAACUCUCUUGGAUGAAUAUGGGAAGCCCUUUUGGUGUUUCAGUUCCCCGGUUUGCGUGAGGUCUCCCAGGUCCUCAGACAGCCCUGAUUUCCUGGGACAGACAUACAAUGUCAACUACAUGGACGCAGAAGGGAAAGUGUGUAUGGAGCUGGUGUGGAUCGAAGAGACCGAAGAAUACUUCGUUGUCAGCCUGGUUCUUUACCUGAGUGUAGCAAAAGUAAACCGUUGGUUUGGGACAAAGUACUAAAUAUUAGCAGUAGGUGGCAAAUUGUUGUUGCUCUUUGUUUAUUUUGAAAUAACCAGUUUUGUUCUUGGUGUUGGAAGUUAAAAAAUAAAACAGUAGUCUGAUGCUUUCUUAUUUCACAUCAGA